AUGGCUCAAAAGGCAAGUGACACCUUCUUCUCUUUUCAAAAUGUUGUAAGUAUUCUAGAAAGCGCUGCUGAUAGUCGAAAAGAUGGAGUUCUGCGGUCAAUGACACAUUUCCAGAUUAUGAGUCCCAGCAAUGACGAAUCAACUCACCUCGAGAAAGACACUAUAGGUGUCCCAAAACUCAAACCCAAUGGUUCAAACUGGUCCAUUUACCGGAUGCGUUUCGAAUGGGCUCUGGCUGACAGAGACUGUGUCGAACACCUCUUGGGAACCGCGCCCAAACCAACGCCUACACCACCUGCUGCUGCACAGAGCACACAGGCCAGCUCCGGGACAACGGUUGCUCCCGUGUCGAGCAAGGAGGACCUAGAUGCAUUGAACACAUGGUCAAAGAAAGAAUACUGA